AUGACCGCGCAAACAACCCCUGACGCCGACGCCGCCUAUUUUCUCACUCACCCCGCAACAUCCCCGCUCAUAGGCGACAAAUCGUAUACCCAAAUCCCUGGAGGAUCAGCGCUCUUCCACGACCCCUUCUUCCGACGAGCCGCACGCACACACUCCGCUGUACUCCGCACCGCAUUCAUCUUCCGCGCCCUCCCCAACCCGGAGGGCCACCUCCUCAUCCAAGUCGGGCACGGUGUCUGCGGGCAAUCCGGGGUCGCGCACGGCGGGUUCCUCGCGACGGUGAUGGACGAGGUUUCGGGGAACUUGAUAGCGAGUACGCGGCUUGAUCAGGGGUUGGGAAUGUAUACGGCCGCGCUGAAUAUGGGAUAUAAGCGGCCAGUGCUGGUGGAGGGGUUUGAUUUGACCACUGGGGAAGGGGUUGGGGAUGGGAGCGGUACUGUGAUUGUUGCGACGGCGAGGUUGGCGAGGUUGGAGGGAAGAAAGGUGUUUAUUGGGGCAGAAAUUAGGGAUGAGAGAGGAGAGGUUUGUACGACUGCGGAGUUGAUUUUUGUGCAGAAGAAGCCUGUUCCAGUUUUGUGA